GUUUAAUACUAACACAAUAAUAACUAACAUACGCAUUAAUGCGCACUGCGCAGAGAGAUACAACGCAUGUGCAGUCAUAAAUGUGAAAAUUUGAAAUCAAACGCACGUGGUGUACAUGCAGUGUAUGGCAAUAGUGUAAUACGAUGGAUGAUUCAAAGUGUUUGUUGUUAGAGUUCGUGAAUGAAAAUUGUUCAAUCGCAGUUGGUUUUCAAGAAUGGAUUCUUAUUCCACUAAGUGAGCAGAAAUUGUCACAUGCAAUUGAAAUGGGAAUUGAUACCUUAAUUAAAUGGCCUGAUUGUGAUAUUGAGCCAGCGUCUAAAAUGAAGAAAAAAGUUGAAUCGUGUAAUUGGAAAAAAUGUGUUGCUAUAAUUCUUGCUGCGGGCAGUUGGACUGAAAUGUGCGAGAAAGCAAAAACGCUCGUAGACUUGAAUGUUCUCGAUUCAACAAAAAGCACAAGAAAACUUCUAAAAAACAGAAAUGUACACAGUGGUAAAAAAAAUGAACAAGGAAUGAAAAGAAAUAAAGAGAUUUCAAAAAAGGGAAAAAAAGUCAAUUUGAAAAAAGUUACUAAUAUCAGAAAGGAUGAUUUUAUUAAGAAAUUGGAAGUCGCUAAAUCAAGAGGAACAACAAUAAGUGAUGACGAACUGUCCUCCGAUUCGGAUAAGUCGACUUCUAGUGAAUCUUCUGACAAUAGCGUAGAAUUGUUAAGAAAAAAAUUUAAACUUAUAGAGGAAGAAAAUUCAAAACUCAAGAGCCUAAUACCACAAGCGUCAACAUCUUCCGUCAUUUAUCACCAAGACACGGAACUAAUAGCACAAGAAGCAACAUCCUCCGACCUUGGUCAUUAUGACACGGUACUAAUAAAUUCAUCGGUGGAUCUUACUAAUUUGAAUAAUGAGUUUCAGUUAAAAACACAAGCGACAACAUCCACAGAGCUUUCAGGUGAUAAAAUGUUUCCUAAUGGUAAUGAUCAAAGACGUGAUUCAAAUAAAAAGUCGGAAAUCCUGCCUACUGAAGUAUUAUUUGAUGGUGUCUUACAAGUUAUACCUAAAAUUCCUGAUGCAAAGGAGCAACAGCUGUCUAAAGAAUCGUUGGCUGUAAAUGAGCCAAAGAUAUUAAAAGCUCAAAAAUCGUCACUAAAGCACAAAGAUAAAGUUAUUAAUAUUGGUGGAAGAGAGUGUAGUUACAACAGAUUGGCAUGUUGUAAUAGAGCGAGUGUAUCAAAAUUUACGUCGGAAAUAUGCAAUGUAGUGUUCGAUAAAGAAGAACUUAAAGAGAGUAGUUUGACUGGAACAGUUUCAAACUUUCAGAAGAAAACGGAUGCUGUACCAAAAAAACAACUUUGUCCAAUUCGUGUUAAGGGCAUGUUAGAUUAUGUCCUUUCAAUAUUUGGUGACACGCAUGAUAACCACAUUUUAUUUCACUCAGCGCUACGUAAAAAAUUAAAUAAUGCUUCUUCAAGAAAAAGAAAGUAAAAUUUAUAAAUGAAAACAGUUUAUAUGUACUUUCGUCAAAUAUUAUUUUCAUUUUAAUUAAUAAUAAAUUAUAUUAAUUACUUCACA